AAUAAAAACCUCAGCAGUCACAGAGGUGUGGGAACAGGACAGAACAGCGGCAGAAAGAGACGCUCACACGUGGAGGAACAAAGCUCCACUUUUAAGGGGACAAAUUCAAAUAAACCCGAAGUCAGAGCGAGCGGUCGGCUGCUGUCUUUGCUCAGGGCACAACAAUGCUCCUGGAAGAGCCGAAUAGGUGACUGGAAAGAAGCUCUUUCUCUUAUCUCCUGCCGCUGAUUAAGAACAGACAAGUAGCCGGUAAGAGUCAUGGAAAACCCCUGGAGGAGCAGGACGCAGGCGGGGAGAUGGAAGUUGUUGAGGAGCUCGCUGCUGCUUUGUUUAUUCACCGGAGGUGGUGAAGCCCAGUGUGAAGGCUGUUUAGAGUACUGCUGCGAUGGAUCUCCGCCUUUCUGCUGCUCCUACUACGCCUACGUGGGGGACGUCCUCUCGGGCACUGCCAUCUCCGGUAUCGUUUUUGGCGUGGUGUUUCUGAUGGGGGCGGUGGCGGCCUUGUUCCUGUGUGUGUGUAUGUGCAUGAAGAACGGGCGGGGCGCACGGGUCGGUGUCUUCAGCACCUCCUACAUCAACACUGUGACCCAGGGCUACCCAGGUCCUCCACCUCCAUACACCUACGACUACGAGAUGUAUCCUCCGUCGCUGCAUCCCCCGCCUUACACCCCGACUCAGCCUCGACCGGACAACUACUCCCCCCCUCCUCCGUAUCCUGGCUGCACCCGCAAGUGAAUCCCUGCAGUGCAGAUCAACUUCCUGCUGGCUCAAAGGAAGCUGGCUCUCCAGACGUGGAGAUCUCCGGCCUGUAACCCGGUUAAAGACAAUUUAAGGAGCCUAUAAAAUUUUCACAUUUAGAUAAAGAAAGGAUGGCCCAGUGCAAUAAUGUUCAGCAGGGCAGGAUUCCCAGUGAACAAGGUGUAAAUGUCACUGCGUUUCUGCUGGAGUCUGGAGCAAACGGUGGGGAAAUGAAUGAUAAUUUAACACAAUGGUGGUUCGAACUCCCCACAUUCUGAUAGACUUAACUGCUAGCAGCCCUGCUAGCCUGAAGCUGGUACUUUUUCCCCACUAAUAACCAAUGUCCUUAUCCUUCCCUGGCUGUGCACAUCAAAGGCGCCGUGCUGCUUUGAUGAAGGUGAAGACCACUUUUGUCAGCAUGGAGGGGGAACCUCACAUCACUGGAGGAGAAGAAGUCUUUCCAGGACACCGUCUGCUUUUUAUUAUGAAAAGCUACCUAUUUUUAAGAAACUUGAUUUAUGUCAGUGGCUGAGGUUCGAAGUUGAUGAUUAAAGUGUUUUUUUUUAAGCAUGUUGGGUCUGGACCCGUCAUGUUUAGACACAAAGACUUGAACAGAAUGCAUAAUACUGACUGACUACUGCAGCUUUAAAGGACUGGAUCGUUGGUAGUGAAAUGUUUUUACUGCCUGACUUGAAACAAUGUGAGGGCGAAUGCAGGUCACAUCAUGCUCAGCUGAAAAUUUUCCAAAUAUUUUUUUGCCUUUGUGAGAUUCUUAAAUUAUGCCUUCAUCAUUUUGAACUGCAGCUGUAGGCUUAUUAAAGUUGUAAUUGAAGAUAAGUUGACGUCACUGCUAUGACUGAUGUGUGUAUAGAAAUAGAAUAUAUAUUUGAAAAAAUAUGUAUUGAAAUAUUCUAUUUCUAUGUACGUGGUGG